AUGUCAGCCCCCCGUAAAAUCGCUAUCAUUACCGGUACCAGUGGUAACCUUGGUAUCAAUAUCGCUUAUAGACUAUGCGAUGAGAUUCCCUCAGAUCACAGAUUGACUAUUAUAGUGACAUCUAGAACACUAGUUAAAGCUAAUGAAACGAUAAAGUCCAUUGAGAAAUACAACGAUGAGCACUCGCAUCGGAAAACAGGAUUUCUUGACUUUGAUUACUUGCUUUUAGAUUUUGGUGACAUGAUCUCAGUGGCUACUGCUAUCUACAAGCUGAAGAAAGAUUACCCUAAGCUCGACUAUUUGUUUCUCAACGCCUCACAAAAUGCCCAUGAUCAUUUCGAUUACUUUGCGGCUACUAAACAGAUGCUUAGUGACCCAAUUGGCGCUUCUACGUGUCCUGAAUAUAAAAUGGAGAAGGUUGGUGUUAAGACCAAAGAUGGCAUGGGCUUUGUCUUCCAGGUCAAUGUGUUUGGUCCUUUCUACUUUAUCGAGUCACUUAAAAAGUGUCUAUUUGUCAAAUCUGAAGAUCCAAGAAUUAUCUGGGUUGGUUCCGUUAUGUCCAAGACCAAGUAUCUCUCUUUCGAUGACAUGCAACUACUUAGAACUGAAGUGCCAUACGGAGGAUCGAAAAGACUCGUGGAUUUGGUGCACUUGGCUACUUACAAGGAGCUAUAUGAUGAGUAUGGUAUUAAACAGUAUCUCACUCAUCCCGGUGUGUUUGUUUCAUUCUCCUUCUUCAAGUUUUUGAACAUUUUCAGUUACUACAUUAUGAUGAUGAUGUUCUAUAUGGCCAGGUUUCUGGGUUCUCCUUGGCACAAUCUCACUGGUUGGAAUGCUGCCAAUGCUCCUAUUUUUGUAGCACUGAAAGCUGAUAUUAAGUCCGAUAGGCAGGAUCUUAAGUAUGGCAGUGCUUCCACCGCAAGAGGCCACGAGUAUUUGAAGAUCGAUGAAAUCGACCCUACUGGUAAAGAUGACGUUCUUAAGUACCUAAAACAGCUUAAGGAAGAGUGGGAUGAAAAAUUGAAGGACCAGGUUACUGAUACCAGAAGAGCUUAUUAG